AUGCGCGAAUACCGACCAAGUGAGCUCGAUCGCUUGCAUCAAAUCCAUGAAACUCCUCGAUUUCAUCCGGACCGUGCUACUUCCGUUAAGUUUGCCGUCGCAAUCGACUGCGAGAUGGGCACGGCUAGAAACGGAGAUUCUGAGCUUAUUCGUUUAAGCGCCAUCGAUUAUUUGACCGGCGAAGUGCUGAUUAACAACCUGGUGAAGCCGGAUCAGCCAAUGCUGCAUCUCAAUACCAAGUGGUCGGGUGUCACUUGGGAUCAAAUGAAUGAGGCUGUGAGAAAGAAGACCACGCUGAAGGGGAAGUCUGGGGCAAGAAGACUGCUGUGGAAAUUCGUAGGGCCUGACACAGUCAUCGUAGGACAUAGUGUUCACAACGAUCUGAAGGCAUUGAAGUUGAUUCAUCCACGGGUUGUAGACUCCUACGUGGUAGAGCAUAAAAUCAUCGAGGAGAAGAAGGCAAUCGAAGCGCGAGAAAAGAAAGCGAGUGAAGCAGCGGCGAGAAUAAUAGAGGAAUGCCUUCCAGCGAUCGCAGGGCUAGCUGAUGGUCAUGAGUCUUCCCUGACGACCAACAGCCAGAUGGUAGGGAACUCAACUACCGCCACUGAUGGUGUACCCAAAAAGAAAAAGGCCAAGGGUACAGGCGACUUAGCUUUGAAGACAUUGCUGAAGAAGUAUCUCGCCACUGAUAUCCAGACCAAAGGCAACAAAGGCCACGAUAGCUUGGAAGAUGCGACUGCGGCGAGAGACUUGAUUCAUUGGAUGGUCAGUAAUGUCCCGCUACGAACUGCAUGUAAGACAAACCCUGACUUCCAACUCUCAUAUUUAGGUCAUGCGCAUACUACAGGAGAGGGAUGA